CGGACGUAUGUACAUACAUACAGUAGGUAUUUAUAAGCCAGCAUAUUUGCACGGUGCAAAGACUUGCCAUGACGGAAAAUGCAUUAGAUAAAUAAUACAGUAUCUCGGAAUUUAACUCUGCAUUGCACAGUUACGCAAGUGUUGUAUAACGAACUAUUCACGUGUCUUUUUGCACAGAGUGAAACCAAUCUACUAUUUGCAAGACAAUGUUGGUUGUUUCACACAUUAAGUAAAAGAAGCCGCAACUUUCACCCACGACAUAUCAGAUAUGUGUCUCAUUUUGAAUUCAUAACAGCCCGUUAUGCAAAGUAUAUAGACUUUCAAACACCACGCGUAUUUUAAGUGGUUGUUUUAUAUAAGACAACACGUAUUUCUUUUAAAGCAUAACGCAUUAUUUAUGCUGUUGUGUGAGUUGCAUCUCUGUGUACAAUAUGAGAAAUACAUAUCUAGCACUAGGCCACCCUUUUUUGUGUUACACAAAUAAAAUGCACAGCUUCUUGAGUUGGACGUUUGUGCAAAUGUUGCAGAUACUUUUUUAAAUCCCCAGUAGGGGAGAAUUGUAUCACAGUACGGUCCGUUACAUUUGGUUUAGUACUGUCUGUAGAUUUUAUUCUGCAGAUAUUGAAUAUAAAAAAAAACCCUGUAAAUACAAAGUAUUCUGAUUGCUGCUUUAAGAUAAUGCCUGUCAGAAUAAAAUUUUGUUUUGUUGCCUUACAGGUUAUAGUACAUUUGAAAAUAAAUGUAAUUUAGGAAAAUCUGAAACAGUUGUAAAUUACAGAGUCAUGCCUUAUCAGUGUGUAACUAUUAACCCCCCCCCCCUGCAGUUAAUGUCAGAUGUGCCAAUAGAAUAUGUGAACAGAGUUCAGGGGUACCGUUUAAUGGUUCCACUCUGGUACAAGUUGUAUUUGGUGCAUAGGCAUGUUUACAAGACCUCUGGGGUUCACGCAAGUGCUUUUAAGCUGCUGAGUUCUUGGGGUGCUGUUCCGUCCCAGGGUUAAUCCAGUUGGUUUAUUUCUAAUGAAGUGCUUUAAGCUCUUUAGGCAAUUGAUUUUCAUGUAUUUAUUGCAUCUUGUAAAACUCUUUGUGAUGGUGUUCCACUAUGAAAGGCGCUAUAUAAAAUAGAUAUAGAUUGAUUAUAACUGGAUUUCUCCAAAGCCGCCCAUCUCCCCAAGAUGCCUAAGGGACAGGAGCUGCAUCUGGCCAGUCUGUUUGUGAGCCUCAUCUGUGCUGGGGUGGUGUUCUCUGGACCAGUGGAGAAAUCUGAGGUCAGUAAGAAUAGCAAGGUCCCCUUCACCUGUGAUGCCUACUGCAUCACAGGGACCUCCCGGGGCAAGGAGGUCCGACUGACCCUGACCCCCAUCAAGGAGGAGGGGGAACCUCAGGCCAGUCCUGGGGGUAAGGCCUGCCAGCCCGUGCACAUUGUUUUCCGGUUUGGGAUGUCAGACUUCUUCCGAUUCACUGCUGGGAGCGAGAUGCCCAAGCACGCCCACCUGCGCUUCUACGCCAAUGAGACGCCUCGGAGAGCGCUGAGCUUCGUGGAUGUCAGGCGAUUCAGGAGCUGGGAGCCCAACGGGGACUGGCAGACUGACAGCGGGCCCUGCAUCAUGUUUGAGUACCAGAGCUUCAGGGCUAACGUGCUGUCAAACCUGUCGGAUCGAGCUUUUGACGAGACAAUCUCUGAAGCGAUGUUGAACCAGAACUUCUUCAAUGGGAUCGGGAACUACCUGCGAGCCGAGAUACUGUACAGGCUAAAGAUCGCCCCCUUUAUGAAGGCAAGGACUGUCCUGGGCGGGCUGUUUCCAAAGAAAAGGGAGUUGCCGGAAGUGAAACCAGAACAAGGGCAGUGCCAGCCACAUCAGGCGGUAAGGGGUACGAUCCCGAGAAACCAGAUGAUUACGUUCCAGGCCUGGCUGCAGUGUUACUAUGUCCCAGGGAUGAAGUCUCUGAGAGAUCACAAUGGCAGGACCAUCUGGUUCCAGCAGGGAGUCAAAGAAGAGCCACCAGCAAAGGGAAUUAAAAAAGAGAAGGGAGGUGUGCAGAAGAGAGUGAAAAGUCAUGAUGAAAGUAAGAAGAUGAGAGAACAAGAGAAAGGGCUCAAGGAGCAGUGAGGGGAGGAAAAAGAAAAACAAACCAGAAAGGAAGGAGGACACUCCUGGGACAGCAGUGCGAAGGAGGCAGUGUCAAAGCACGCGGACCAAGUCUGAGAAAGACAGCUAACACACAACUAAUCCCAUACAGGUGCUUUUUAUCAUGUAACCCAAGGAAGGGGUCACUUUUAAAUCUUUUGUAGUGUAUGGAUUAUUUUAUAGAAUAUUGUGAAAACAUUAAAGUACUGCUAGAGAAAAAAA